GUUUUAUCGUACCAUAAAUAAAUCGUAAUCUACAACCAAUGAUAAGUCGCCAAAUAUGUGAUUUCAUUUAGUGACGCUUAUAAAAAUAUAUCGAGGAUUAAAUACUCGUUUGUGUUUUCACGUAGAUCUUCUGUAUUAUUGUCGAACCAGCCUCCACUUGAAGUUUAAAUAAAUAAAUAUAUACAUGGUGUUGGUGUAGAUCAGCAGACAGAUCUAACAAAUAAAAAGACGCAUCGUAUGAAUCUUCGAAACCACAGUACAUAAUAUCAAUUGGCCUCGGUAUCAUCGUUAAUUAAUACUCUUCAAAUAAUUGACAGUGGACGUUCAGCUGACCAAAAGAAACCGUAAUAGUUAAAGUUCUAUAAUAAUGGAAGGCACCACAGUAAAACUAAUAAUAAAAACACCGAAUCAGCAAAUUAAAGAUCAAGUUGUUAAUUGUGAUAUCGAAUGGACCAUCGGCCGAUUAAAAGAAUAUCUGUCCGAAGUUUAUCCUUGCAAGCCAGAAAAAGCAAGUCAAAAACUGAUAUAUUCUGGCCAAUUGUUAAAUGACUCCACAUGCUUGAAAGAUGUUCUGAGGCAAUGUGAUGGACAAGAAGAUCAAGCUUACACUGUUCAUUUAGUUUGUGCUUCUCAAAAAAUAAUGCCAGAACAGAAUAAAGAGAGCACAAGCAGUAUAGCUUCUUCUACAAGAAAUGUAAUGGAAUACGCAAGAUUAAAUAAUGCAAAUAGUGUACAAAAUCUGGCUCAAAAUAUUAACAAUUUCACUAUACAACACAGUCCUACACAAUUGUAUACUACACAGCAAUAUUUCGAUCCAAGGAAUAGUCAACAGAUGACUUGGAUGCAACAGGCAUAUACACAUUAUUUUACUCAGUACAUGCAAUUAAUGGCAGCACAAGGAAUCCCAUUACAAACUAGCAUUCCAUAUGUACAACAAAUGAAUGUCAAUACCAAUGAUAGUGAUCAAAAUCCAUAUGGAAAUAAUACCAAUAAUAAUAACAAUAAUAACAAUGUAGGUGAUGAACAACAACAACCUGCAGCCCAAGAUGUUGACAUUAUUGGUGGAAACAAUGGUGCUGAAGAGGAUGGUGCAUUUAACAUAGAUUGGCUAGAUUUCUCUUAUACUCUGUCCAGAAUAAUUGUUCUCUUCAGUCUUUUAUAUUUUUACUCAUCUCCACUAAGAUUCCUUGUUGUCAUAUUUCUUGGUUUUACAAUGUACCUAUAUCAAGGUGGUUUCUUCCGAAUGCAACUCGUUUUUUUGCCAGAAAAUAAUAAUGGUCGAGUAGACAGAAUAGAUAACAAUAAUCAAGUAUUGCAAAACGAAGCUGCUGCUCCCCAGCCUGUAGCGCAACAACCAAAUGGUCCAGUACCAACAGUACAAACAGAAGCUAUGACAAACGCGAAUGAAGAACACGAAGAAGAGAGACCAGGAGUCUUAGCUUUUACUUGGACUUUUUUCCGUACAUUUUUCGCAUCUAUAAUUCCAGAUCAACCGAAUGUUAUAUAAUAUGUCGAGAGCUUACAGCUUCUUACACUCGUUUCUCUUGUAAAGUUAAUUUUCUUGUUAAAAAAAUUUUCAGAACAUGACACUGGUCCCAUAGUGGUGGUCUCCCCAGUAUAAUAUUAACACUUUACCUACCGGACGUUUAUUAAUAGAGUUUUCAAUGAAUAUGCUAUAUCAAAAAGCAACAUAGAAAUUUCUCUUUAAAAAUUAAUCCCGAAAGAUGUAAUAAGAUUACGUUAUUAGGAGGGAUUUAUUGUUUUGCGUUAAAAAUUGUUAUUGUUAAUAAAAAAUCCUUAACCAUGAAUCGUAGAUUCCUGAAAACUAUUACAUAAUCACUGGUAGGUAAUGUGUUAAAAAUGAAAUUAACACUGUUAGGAAUUCUAUAAGUGACUUUUGUAGAACACCAUUUUAAGAAAGUUGUAUGAAAUUUUCAAGCAUAAGGCUCUUGUAUACAAUAAUACAUAUAGUAAUAAUAAGUAUACAUAUUAUAUAUAUGCUUCAAGCAAACAGCAUUUUUAUAUAGAUAUUUUCAUUGAUAUAUGUGAAUCUGCAAGUGCAACAUCGAUUCUCUGAGACUACCCCCAAUGUUUAUGCAUCAAAUGAUCAAACAAUCAACAAUUAUUCUGCAGCAGGUGACUUUAGCUUCAAUUCAAUGAAAGAUUUUUGACGAUCGCCUCAAAGUGUUUGGAAUUUGUUAUAUAAUAAACUUUCUGUUUUUAUAGUUAUAUAAAGAUACAACGACAACAAAAAUAUGUACUGUGUAUAUAAAUAAAUUAUUGUAGAGCUUAUAAGGUACUGAUAUAAACAUCAAAAAAGAUAAUAGUCAAAUUUAAA